CUGACUACACCUGCUUUUUCUUCAACUACCCUGCUGCGACUUCCCCUGCCCCUCAUCCCGUCAACGUUUCGAAGAAAAGUUUUGCUAAGUUCUGCCCUUAGAAUGGGGGAUCAGGUGAAGCUGAUUUCCACUCCACUAAGCCUUCCCGGCUGCAGGGUUGAAUGGGCUUUGAAGCUUAAAGGAGUGGAUUAUGAGUACAUAGAAGAAGAUUUGAGAAACAAGAGUAGCUUGCUACUCGACUCCAACCCUGUUCAUAAGAAGGUCCCGGUGCUGUUGCACGCCGGCAAGCCGAUCGUCGAGUCACUCGUCAUCCUCGAAUAUAUUGAGGAGACAUGGAAGGACAAUUACCCUUUGCUUAGUGAGGAUCCACAUGAGAGAGCCAUGGCUAGGUUUUGGGCUAAAUUUGGUGAUGAGAAGUGUAUUGUAGGAGCAUUUGGAGCAGCUUGGCUGACUGAAGGAGAGGAAAAGAACAAGGUCAUACAGUCUGCACAAGAAUCACUAGCGUUUCUUGAGAAGCAGAUUCAGGGGAAGAAGUAUUUUGGGGGAGAACAGAUAGGAUUUCUGGAUCUAGCAGUGGGUUGGAUUCCUCAUUGGCUCAAGGCUCUAGAAGAAGUGGGAGAAAUGAAGGUACUCGAUGCUGUAAGGUUUCCAUUCCUCCAUGAAUGGGGUCAGAACUUCUUGGAAAUUCCACUCAUCAAAGAUUCCAUUCCUCCUAGAGAAAAGCUGGUUGUCGAGUAUUUUCAUGCCGGUAAAAGCUUCAAACGUUCCUUGGAAGCUGCCAAUAAACCAUGAACGAUACGUGUAUAAAUAUAUAUAUAUAUAUUAUAUAUCGAAAAAUUCUAUACAUUGUACUAUCAUCUCACUUGCAUCCUAUUUAUAAGUAAGAUGUGGUAUAUUUAUCACUAUUUAAUAAUCAUUUAUUGCAUGCUUCUUUAUCAUCAAAUGGUGAUAAAUGCGCUACAUCAUAUAUAAUAAGAUGUAAGUGGGAUGAUAGUGUGGUGUAUAGUAUUACUCAAUUACUUUUAUUAUAAA